AUGGUCUUUUUUCAAUUUGAAAUUCGUGCGACGGGUAGCGCGAAUGAGAAGUUAAGAUCGAGAGUCUGCGCACUGAUGAGCCGCGUCUGGCAGCACUGCACGGACGCUCUUCUAGCUCCCUCCAAAACCGAGCAUUGGCAACACUUUUUUUUUCGCCUCACUCCGGGAACUCGAGGAGCGAGUUGGACCUUUCCUGCCGUGCCGCCGCCUUCCAAACGACUGCUUUUCCCCAAAGCAUUUCUCUUCUCGCCCUUCCUGAUCUCUCGGACUCGCUCGGAUUUUUACUUCGCAGUUGUUGGCUCUGUUUUUCGGCCGACUCCACCUGGGACCGGAGGUGGUGCAGAAGGUGGCGGAUUUCAAGGAAGAGAUAGGCGAAAAUCGACGAUACUGGAGUGUGACGGGUAUCUUUAUUUGGAACCACUCAAGAUAUUUCCCGCCGACCAAUUUGUCGUUGUGGAGAGAGUCGGCGUGGACAAUGCAUUGACAACAGUACUAGAGACGGAGGGGCCAACGACAGCAGCGGCUAGCCAGACGAACAGUUCGAUCACCACCCUAACGAACAUGUGUACCACUCCCGGCAAUCCAGGUGCUGGGUUCGGGUACGCCUGGUCGUUCGGUGGGCCUGGCACCGAGACUCGCGAGAACACGCAGAGCGACCUGACGUCAAACAUCAGCUAUGCAGUCAACAACAACCAGGACCAGGGAUCCAGUCAGAAGAUCCAGGUGGACAUCAAGCCCGCGAAGGUCGCGAACAGCGCCCACCGUCGACCCAUGUUCGCGAUGAACGAGAGUUGUCAGCAGACGCCGACGACCCACCAUGGCCACACAGGAGCACACAAUCAAACGCACGGUACGCACGUGCGAACCAAAAAGCAUCACGACGUAUUUUCCUUAACCUGCGAUAAGGGCGGCUGCAAUUGCGACGCCGCCCAUCCCACGCCCCCACCUUCUCUAUUUCCAAAUACUUUAGUUUUUACCACAGCAGACAAGCACGCGAUGAGCAAGCACUUCAUGACUCCUCUCGGACCGCUCCAGCUGACCGCGGAAGAGUGCAAUGAGAUCCUGAUGAAGAGGGCAGCGGCCGCCUCGAAUCAGGCCAAUGCCAACAAUGUCGCGGCCAGUCAGACCGACACCUCGAGCCACUUUGGCCACGUGCUCACCCACGUAAACACAACCCAGAUUGAGACGAAAGCCAAGGCGCAACAGGACAUGGGAAGUCAGGUGCGCGUUCCCAAGGAGCGGCCCUACUCCUGUUCCGAGUGCGGCAAGUCGUUUCUCCUCAAGCAUCAUUUGACAACGCACGCGCGGGUCCACACUGGCGAGAGGCCGCACAUUUGUGUCCACUGUGGCAAAAGUUUCGCGCACAAACACUGUCUACACACUCAUCUGCUUCUGCAUAGUGCCGAGCGACCAUAUCAGUGCCGCGAAUGUAAAAAGUCCUUCACACUGAAGCAUCAUUUAGUGACACACACUCGUGUUCAUACGAGGGAGAGGCCGUUUGUAUGUCAGGAGUGCGGCCGAGCAUUUCCUCUCAAGCGCCAUCUAGUGACCCAUAGCAAAUUCCAUUCCGGCGAGCGGCCCUUUGUCUGCGAGGAGUGCGGCGAGUCGUUCUCGCAAAAGGACCAUCUGACGAUGCACUCGCGCUUCCACGGCAGUCUACAUCCAUUUGUUUGCCACGACUGCGGCGCCACCUUCCAGAGAAAGUUUGAGCUGGUCAAUCAUGGCCGACUUCAUGGCCGAGUGCCGCACUCUUGUAAUGUUUGUGGCAAGGAGUUCUUGCAGAAGAGAACACUGCUGGCCCAUAUGCGACUGCACACUGGGGAGACGCCUUUUGCCUGCACAGUGUGCGGAGAGGCUUUCCCGAGGAAGGCGGACCUAGUUGCACACUCCAAGAUUCACAAUAAUAAUACGGAUACUGAUGAGAAGUCACUCACUUGCAGGGAAUGCGGUUUGGGGUUCCAGAAUCGGGAAGCUCUAACGUUGCAUUUAAGGUUACAUUCUGGGGACAGGACGCUAGUAACGGAUCUCUGUGGUCUAGCAGCGGCCUUCCAGCAGUCUCCAGGACACUUCCUUACUCCCAAUACCUCCGGGACUCACCAGAAUUUCCAGAUGAACGGACCGAUUGGCACACCGAGUGUGAGUCACAUGCACGGUGCGACGCAAACCUCACCUCCCGUGGGCUCGGGGCCGAAACCAAAGCCCCACGUAUGUCCCGACUGUGGUCGCGGCUUUGCACAGAAGCACGGACUCUCUCAGCAUCAGCGGCGUCAUUCGGACGGCAGUUGUCACAUAAGGUCGCACGUUUGCGACAAAUGUGGGAAAGCGUUCUUCCAAAAGAAUCACCUUUUGCUGCAUCAGCGCCAACAUAUGGACCCGCCACCUAGUAUAUUGCGCCAACAGCAGAGACAAGCGGCCCAGGCCGCCGCUCAACAGCAACAGCAGCAACAGCAGCAGCAGCAACAAAAUCAACAGCAGCAGGUGCAACAGGUGCAAGUUCAGCAGCAGCAGCAAACGUGUACUGUCGACACAAAAGCGAUUCAACUGCAGGCGAUACAGCAGCAAGUGCAGCAGCAGGUCCAACAACAGGUUCAGCAGCAGCAACAACAGCAGCAACAGCAACAACAACAGCAAUCAUGCUCGGUGGACACUAAAGCAAUACAAUUGAACGUCACCAUGUGAGACGAUAUUAAGAGCCGGGAUUGGACAAUCCCCGAUGCGAUUGCACACCCUCAUGCGCACCCUGCUGCCACCCUCUGCACGCACUUCUCUUGUACUAACAUUACACAAUAGUUAUAUUUAUUAUUAUCUCUAGAAGCAAGUACGAGUACAUACGAAGUAAUCAGUUUUAUUACAAGAGUAUAUAUACAAAGUAUACAUAUUAUAUUCUAAUAAUGUAAGGCUUGUAACAAGAAAAUAAAAGUAACCAUAUAUUAGUGUUUUACAUAUAUACUUUACAGUAUAUAUAUAUAUUAUAUAUAUAUAUACAUAUAAAUAUAUCAUUUGAUUAUAGAAUUGUAAAAUGAAUUACUAAACAGAUUAGUUGCCUUAUCGAGAAGAAUUUUAAAGAUUAUUUUAACUAUUGUUUGGUGAACUCUUUUUUUUUUUAAUUUUUUUUUUUUUAAUUUACUUUUUAAUUAUUGUAGGAUAUGACUUUAUAAGAUAAAUAAAAAAAAUGCAUAUUGAAUAAAAGAAAGAAGUAAAACGCAACCAGUUCCCUCUGUUAUUCGAUAAUUGUUGCUUUCUGUCCUUAGCCUGCGUUGUGUCGGUCUGCUGUGUCUUGAAAGGGAUUAUUUGUGAAUGAUUGUCUGCGCAUCGUGGAAGGAUAUCAAAAAUGAGGAGUGUGUGUGUGUGUGUGUGUGAGAGAGAGAGAGAGUGAGAGGGUGGCAACUGCGCACUUACGAGGCAUCUAAAUCGCCCGACGUCUGAGAGUACGAUUGAAAAUCGUAUAAAUGCAGCUGGUCAUCCCAGUGAUUAUUGACUGUCAGUCCAUUUCAAAUUGCACAGGAUUCCUUAAAAGAAAGGACUUGAGUCGGUCAAAUGUAUUGUCCCAAUAUGUUUUAUAGGCAUAAAAAGGCAUUAGAACACUUUACAAGGCAUUGCAGAAAUGCAGUGCGCUUCAAUCAAUGAUAGGUAUGAUUAAAAUGUCAACAUCUGGUUACGGCUUCAUUUUAGGCUUGAAAAAAAUUAAGAAAAACAAUUGCAGAUGUUCCUGUUACCGAAAUAUUUUUAUAUGACCAUUAUUCGGUUCGAAAGGACCAAUACUCGAUUUAAAAUUACCAUUACUCGAUUCACAAUGACCAUUACUCGAUUGACAAUGACCAUUACUCGAUUCACAAUGACCAUUAUUCGAUUCACAAUGACCAUUAUUCUAUUCCGAUUACCGUUACUCAAUUUAAAAUGAUUAUCACUUGAUUUAUAAUGACCAUUAUUCUAUUAAGAAUGACCAUUAUUCCAUUCCUAUUACCAUUAUUCGAUUUAAAAUUAUAAUUAUUCGAUUCCGAAUUACCAUUAUUCCAUUUAAACUGGCCGUUAUUUAUUUGAUAUAAAAUGACCAUUAUUCGAUUUGAAAUGACCUUAUUUGAAUCAUAAUGACUAUUUUUCGAUUUACAAUUACCAUAAUUCGGUUCAAAAUUUCUAUUAUUAGAUACUUGAAUGACCAUUAUUCGAUUUCAAUGGCCAUUAUUUGAUUCACGAUGACAAUUACUCGAUUCACAAUGACUAAUAUUCGAUUCCAAAUGACCAUUAUUAGGUUUAAAAUUACCAAUAUUAGAUAUUUAAAUGACCAUUAUUCGAUUCAGAAUGACCCAUUCUUGGAGAGACGGAAUAAGAAGGUGCUACGGAUUUUGAUGGUGCUGAUGUUUACAAUAACAUUUAUAUAGGAUGUUGAAGCUUUGAGAGUUCGCCACAAGAGUUACAUGGAACCUUGUCAUUUGGACACGUUAAUGUGUCAUUUUGAAUAUAAUAAUUGUCAUUGAGUCGAAUAAUGGUCCUAUUGAGUCAAAUAAUGGUCAUUUUAAAUCGAAUAAUGGUUAUUUAGAGUAUAACAAUGAACAUUUUGCGUCAAAUAAUGGUAAUUUUGAAUAUACAAAUGGUUAUUUAACAUCAAAUAAUAGUCGUUUUGAGUAAAAUAAUGGUAAUUUUGAGUAUAAUAAUAGUCAUUUUUAAUCGAAUAAUGAUCAUUUUCAAUAGAAUAAUGGUACUUUUACAUCGAAUUAUGGUAAUUUUGUAUCAAAUAAUUGUCAAUUUUUAAUAGAAUAAUGGCUAUUUUCUAUUGAAUAAUGGUUAUUUUAAAUCGAAUAAUGGUCAUUUUGACUCAAAUAACUGUCAUUUUCAAAUCGAAUAAUGCUCAUGUUGAGUAUAGUAAUAGUCAUUUUCAAUUGAAUAAUGGUAAUUUCAAAUCGAAUAAUGGUCAUUUUGUGCCAAAUAAUUGUCCAUUUGUAAUCAAAUAAUGGUCAUUUUGAGUCGGAAUAGUUGUCAUUUUCAAUUGAAUAAUGGUCAUUUUGUGUCGAACAAUGGUAACUUUCUAAUGGAAUAAUGGUCAUUUUGAGUCGAAUAAUUGUCAUUUUCAAAUCGAAUAAUGCUCAUAUUGAGUAUAAUAAUAGUCAUUUUGAGUCGAAUAAUGAUCGUUUUCAAUGGAAUAAUGGUCAAUUUUCAAAUCGAAUAAUGGUCAUUUUCAGUAUAAUAAUAGUCAUUUUGAGUCGAAUAAUGAUCAUUUCCAAUUGAAUAUUGGUCAUUUUAAAUCGAAUAAUGGUCAUUUUCAGUAGAAGAAUUGUUAUUUUAAAUCGAAUAAUUGUCAUUUUGGGUGCAAUGUUUGUCAUUUUCAAUUGAAUAAUGGUAAAUUUAAAUCGAAUAAUGGUAAUUUUCAGUCCAAGAAUUGUCGGUUUCAAUGGAAUAAUGGUCAUUGUAAAUCGAAUAAUGGUCAUUUUCAGUCGAAUAAUUUAAAUUUUCAAUCGAAUAAUGGUCAUUUUUUUUUAUCGAAAAAUGAUUAAUAUACAUAUGGAUUUCAAAUUAAAGAAUGAAACAUCCACGGAUACAAUCAUUAGACGAUUUUAAAAAUUGCCUUCUUUACGUUUUUGGUAAAGAGCUUUAGAAUCUCUUUUGUUUGUACAGCCGUAAAUUUGCAUUAAAAAAAAAAAAAAAAACAUUUUUUUUCUAGCCGUUGCCGUAACCAGCCAAUAAGUCUAGCCAGAUUGAUUCCAAUUUGGUUUUUAAAAGAGUAUGAAUCAACAUCGUAUAAAUGUCUCUACAGUCUUCGAAAAUCUAAACUUGAAAAAAAAGUUGUGAUAAUUUUUUUUAUAUUUGUGCAACAUACUGCGUCAACCAUUUGAUAUGGAAUCAGUUUUUGUUUUCAUCGCGUACCUUAUCGCUUCGCAGUUUUCUUCGACGAGCUUGAAUGAAGAUUUUUCAAAUAAACGAUAUUAUAAGAAAAUUACUCCCUCGUACCGAAUAUUUCCCUGCGAUAUUAUUCCGACUUGUCCAAAACUCUGAAAAGUUAUUGAAAAAUGUGCACUUUUCUACCUAGAAUUUUUAAACGUUUUCGUUUCUGCGAUCAUGACCCAAACCUUGUUUUAAAAAAUGUUUUUUUUUUUUUUAAUUUCGUCCCUUGCUGGAAAGCAAAUUUUGUUUGGUCUGUAUUUUCCACAUGACUUGGUGACGAAGUAGUCUUGGAUAAAAAGAUGGAAAAAUUGAUAGUAUGUAGAAACGACUAGAGAAUUUUAUACUUUUAGCCUGAGUGUAGUCACUCGAAUAUUAUAAGUGUGAAGAAAAAAGAAAAGUUGCGAAGAUUUUGUACUGUCCCUUGAGGAGGGGUUAAAAGAAAGUAUCUGCGUUUACUGUAUAUUUGAGGAAUAUACAAAAGGUAUGAAAAACGUGUCGCAAGUAGAUAAAAAUACUGGAAAACUGGUCAAUAUUUGCUGUACAUAGUGAAAAUGGAUAAGAAUGACCUUUAUUAUCUUCUCUCAAUGAACGGAUCUUAACUGAAAGUUCAUAAUCGGAUAUUUAUUUUUCUUUAUUUUAUUGUAUUUUAUUUUAUGGGAGAAUAACAGGGGCCGUUUUAAUUCAAAGUGAAAGUCUGAGAGGGCCCAAGUGCCAUUAAUUCCCUACUCAUAGAUAUCCUUGAAAUUUUUCCAGAGCAGAGUCGAAGAGAAUAAAGAAUAUAUUUUCCCAAUUUUAGAAAAACAGCUUCGAUUAUUCUAUUCGAUUCUGGAAAUAUAAAAGAGGGGCCAUAUUUCACAUGCAAAGAGGGCGAAGGGCCAAUAAUUGUCUACUUUCGUGGACGUUUUUUUUUCUUCUUUUUAUCCAAGUCUAUCGAAGUUACGCCAUUGACUUUGACUUAUCGAGUAGUUGUACAUUUGAUUUCAUUCAUGAACGAAUUCACGAAUACGAAUACGAAUGAAUCUCUUUCUACGUAUUCUGCAAGUGCGUAUAAUAAGUAUAUAUAUAUAUGCAAUUUACUGCGCUGUGCUUGUACAAAAAAGCGAGAGAUUCAGCAAUGCUAUCAGUCGAUAGUAUGACCUAGCGUUAUUCUGUUGUAUUUCAUUUAUCUGAUAUAAAUAAAUAAACUUUGUUUCUUAA